CUGAGCGGGAGAGCAGCGGCCUGGGCGCCGACCCAGAGGCUCGGGCUGCGGGAGGUCUUGUGCCCCAGCGGCGGCGGAUGCGGUUUUGCUCUCGGUUUGCCCUGGAUUGAGGUGUCCAUGACGGAAUUACUCGAGGAGGAGGAAGAUAUCUGUUCCUGGUGAGCCCAGGUCGCCCCGAAAGGCGAUGGCUGUGGAGCGGGCACCCAGGACCGGACGGAGGAUAAAAAAGUCGGAGUUCUUAGCGGAGAAGAUGAUGCGAUCUACUCUCUGCUCCCAGAGCUUGAAGGCAUGACAGCUAAGGAACACACGUGGACUCGGGGCACAUGGACAUGUGUGCACAGAAAAAGGAAAACCAGUCAUUCCUUAGAAGUAGGAAGGCUUUCCUCCCUGCCAAAAUGGGCACAUUCUGCUCGGUCGUCAAGUUUGAAAAUCUCCAAGAAUUGAGGAGACUGUGUCACUGGGGCCCAGUCAUCGCCCUCAGCGUUGUAGCGAUCUGCUCUGCCGUGGCCAUGAUCGACUCUGUGCUGUGGUAUUGGCCCUUACAUACCACAGGAGGAAGCGUGAAUUUUAUCAUGUUGAUCAAUUGGACUGUCAUGAUUCUUUAUAAUUACUUCAAUGCCAUGUUUGUUGGUCCUGGCUUUGUCCCUCUGGGGUGGAAACCGGAAAAUUCUCAGGACACCAUGUAUCUCCAGUAUUGUCAAGUCUGCCAGGCGUACAAGGCACCACGUUCCCAUCACUGCCGGAAGUGCAACAGAUGUGUCAUGAAGAUGGAUCAUCACUGUCCUUGGAUCAACAACUGUUGUGGUUACCAAAAUCAUGCUUCCUUCACACUGUUUCUCCUGUUAGCACCACUGGGUUGUAUCCAUGCUGCUUUCAUUUUCGUUAUGACCAUGUACACACAGCUUUAUAAUCGGCUCUCCUUUGGGUGGAACACAGUCAGGAUUGACAUGAGUGCAGCCCGGAGAGAUCCUCUUCCAAUUGUCCCCUUUGGAUUAGCUGCAUUUGCUGCCACUUUGUUUGCCUUGGGAUUAGCUCUAGGAACAACUAUAGCGGUUGGGAUGUUGUUUUUUAUCCAGAUGAAAAUAAUUCUCAGAAACAAAACUUCUAUUGAGUCAUGGAUUGAAGAGAAGGCUAAAGAUCGAAUUCAGUAUUAUCAGCUAGAUGAAGAUUUUGUUUUUCCAUAUGAUUUGGGAGAUAAAUGGAAGAACUUCAAGCAGGUGUUUACGUGGUCUGGGUUUCCGGAAGGAGAUGGGCUCGAGUGGCCUGUACGAAAAGGCUGUCACCCCUACAGCCUAACGAUAGAACAAUUGAAACAAAAAGCAGAUAAGAGAGUCAGAAGCGUUCGCUAUAAAGUAAUAGCUGACUACAGUGGUGCCUGCUGUCCCCUGAAUAAAGGAGUCAAAACCUUCUGCACAAGCCCCUGCACUGAGGAGCCUCGGAUACAGCUCCGCAAGGGGGAGUUCAUCUUGGCCACCAGAGGUUUACGAUACUGGUUAUAUGGAGACAAAAUUCUUGAUGAUGCCUUUGUGGAAGGUGUCUCAAGAAUCAGAGGCUGGUUCCCGAGAAACUGUGUGGAGAAGUGUCCCUGUGACGCAGAAGCCAAUCCCACCCCGGACGGCGAAAAGAAAACCAGAUAGCCUCCAUCCACUGGAGUGAAGUUAUUCUUUCAGGCUGUUUCAUUACUUGAAAAUUGUACAUAAUUACUCAACAAUUAUGCAAUGAGCCUACUGUGGUGAGGGUUUUCUUUUCCUCAAAGAUGCCCUAGUAUCAUGAUUAAAUAUUUUUGUUACCAUUUUGAAAUGGAGAAGCCAUUCUGCAUAUGCCUUUUAGAAUCCUACUCCUUGUCACCACUUCUUCCCCCAAAAGGGGGAAAACGUGUCACCAAGUCAGUCACAUCCACAUUUUCUCGAGGAUUUUGGUGCGCAGCACACAUUGGAGCUCGCCUGCCACUGGGGCUCCCUGUUGGCCAGGAGCACCUGCAGGUGACACUGCUAUUUUCCCUCUGAGGAGAUACUUCUUAAAUAGUCUAGAUACUGUAGAUCUUAAUCUGUCAGAUUCAGUAUAAACUCAGAUUUUGUUACUUGUCUUUUAAUAAUGCAGAUUUUGUCAAAUCAAAUAAAGAUUAAUGGACAUUCUGUAAAAGCUAUA